CCUUCCCAUGCUGCCAUCCCUGGUUCUCUUCUGCCUCUUUCUUCCACCAUUAUGUUGAUCCAAUGUGGAUAAUCCAGCAUAACCUCCCAUCUCCAGGUCAUUUGAUUAGCAACCUUAAUUACACCUGUGAUUUAAUUCUCUUUUGCUUGUAGCUUAAAAUAAGCACAAGUUCUGGGAAUUAGGACAUCAACAACUUGGGGAGGCACUAUUCUGCCUGUCAUAUACUUUUCCCUUUCAUACUCCCAGCUAUGCUUUUGUAAUUUAAAGCAGCGGACAUCAGCAUAGAGCUUUAUCUGUGAGGAUGUCAGGGAGCUCCCAGCUGAGCCUCAGGAGUUCUGUCCACAGCUCCUGGGAUGGGAUAACUUUGCCAAUAUCCACAAUAACCAACUCUCCUGUCUCUGAACUUGGGUGGCCUCAGAAAAGAGGUUAUGAUCCACUCUUUCUGCAGGAGCAUGGGCAUUUUUCUUCCUCUUUCUGAAAUACAGGCCUUUCAGAAGGCAGAGGACACAAUUUACGCUGGUACCAGCCCGAAGCAGGUUCUCGCCUUCCCUCUCUCCAGCCCUGAUGUCUUGACUUGUGGCAGGUGGAGGAAAGUCAUCACAAGCUUCAGGCCCGGGGCACAGAGCCAGCUCCACUCAAGUGGGGCUCAGGGAACAGGACACACGGGGAGACAGAUGGACAUCCAUGCUGCUCCCAUGCUGUGUCCUCAGCCUCUCCCGUCCUCCCCUGGGUGUGGUGCUGCCUCCCAGUGGCCCUUGUUCCAGGACCUGGAGUAGUGUUAAUCUGGGGGCAGCCCAGCACGGUGAGUCCUGGGCCCCAGUGGUACCGUAGGGCGUGUUGGAGACUCAGUUCCAACACCUAGGUAGGCUCUGCACACCCACAACUACAGGGCCGGCUGGAGCCCAGUUUACCCCCAACCCCCACCCCGCUUCUCCCUAGGGACCCCUGUAUCUCCAAAGUCCAGACUGUGGCACCAGGGCUGCUUCAGUCCUGCGACCAUAAAGCUCUUCACAGGGGUUUUGGUCCCAUAAGUGACAUCCAUUUAUUUAGGUUUGGUUUUGGGGAAACUGAGCUGUGGAAUGCGGAGAAGCCCCCCUCUGGGAAGACCUUGAAUAAGCACCUUCUGGGCACCUGUCUCCUGACCGCGUGUCAGGAAUGGAGGCUCCAGUUAGGUAAAAGUCCACGGUCCACGGUCCACAGCGCUCUUCCAGCGCAGUGGGCCGAGUUCUGUCCACUGGUGGCUGCCUGGACGGUCAGGGGUGUGACUGGAGCAGGUUCUGGGGCCGGGUCUGAGACGCUGGGUUUGUGCGGUGAGACUGAGGGACAGAGCGCAGGAGGGCGCGCACCACCCUGCCCAGGUGGAGUGAGGAAUCCUGCCCCGGGUGGAGACAAGGAGAGAGGACGGGCUGGGAAGCUCGUGUCCCUUCUUUAAUGCGCCCUCGACGAUUUCCUCCCCAGGAAGAUUUCUGCGAGGGCCUGGAGGGACCCUCGGGUUCACCCGGAGCCAUCGCUGUCCAAGAUCGCCAUCUGGGUUCCAGCCCCAUGGGAGGCCGGAACCAGUCCAGCGUCUCCGAGUUCCUCCUCCUGGGCCUCUCCAGGCAGCCCCAACAGCAGCAGCUCCUCUUCCUGCUCUUCCUCACCAUGUACCUGGCCACCGUCCUGGGGAACCUGCUCAUCAUCCUGGCCAUCAGCACCGACUCUCGCCUGCACACCCCCAUGUACUUCUUCCUCAGCAACCUGUCCUUCGUGGACAUCUGCUUCUCCUCCACCACUGUCCCCAACGUGCUGGCCAAUCACAUACUUGGCAGCCAGGCCAUCUCCUUCUCUGGCUGUCUCACGCAGAUGUAUUUUGUUUUCAUGUUUGUGGACAUGGACAAUUUCCUCCUGGCCGUGAUGGCCUAUGACCGCUUUGUUGCCAUAUGCCACCCCUUACAUUACACAAUAAAGAUGACCCGUCGGCUCUGUGUUCUGCUGGUGGCUGGCUCUUGGGUGGUCGCCAACCUGAAUGUCCUCUUGCACACCCUGCUGAUGGCUCGGCUCUCAUUCUGUGCAGACAAUGUGAUCCCCCACUUCUUCUGUGACGUGAGCCCGCUCCUGAGACUCUCCUGCUCAGACACACACCUCAAUGAGGUGAUGAUUCUUACCGAGGGCUCCCUGAUCAUGAUCACCCCGUUUGUCUGCAUCCUGGCCUCCUACCUGUGCAUCACCUGUGCUGUCCUGAGGAUCCCCUCCACGAGGGGGCGGUGCAAAGCCUUCUCCACCUGCGGCUCCCACUUGUCGGUGGUGUCCCUCUUCUAUGGCACCAUCAUUGCUGUGUAUUUCAACCCUGCAUCCUCUCACUCUGCUGAGAAGGACACCCCAGCGACUGUGCUGUACACAGUGGUGACCCCCAUGCUAAACCCUUGCAUCUACAGCCUGAGGAACAGAGACUUGAAAGCAGCUCUGAGAAAAGUGGUGGGCAGAAUAUUUUUUAGGGGUUGA